AUGGCCGAUCCGCCGCCGCCGGCCUCCUCCGCCGGCGUCCGCCUGCUCGCCGUCUUCCUCCUCCUGGGGCUAGCCGUGGCGGAGGGGGAGGGGCCGCAGACGUACAUCGUCCACGUCUCGCCGUCGCACAAGCCCGCCGGCUUCCCCACUCGCCGCCACUGGUACGCUUCCACCCUCGCCGGAGUUUCAUCCUCCUCCUCCGUACCGGCGGCCCGCAUCAUCUACACCUACGACCGCGCCGCCACCGGAUUCGCCGCCGUCCUGACGCCGUCGCAGGCGGAGGCCCUCCGCCGCCUCCCUGCUAUCCUCGCCGUCGAGCCGGACAGGGCGCACCAGGUUCACACCACCCACACUCCCGUCUUCCUCGGCCUCUCCGAGGUCUCCGGUCUCUGGCCCAACUCCCAGUACGCCGACAACGUCGUGAUCGGCGUCCUCGACACCGGGAUCUGGCCGGAGAGGGGGAGCUUCUCCGACGAGGGCCUGUCGCCGGUGCCGUCCUCCUGGCGCGGCGUCUGUGAGGCCGGCGACGACUUCCCGGCCACCUCCUGCAACCGUAAGCUCAUCGGCGCCCGUGCCUUCUACAAGGGCUACGUGUCCGCCAGGGGAUACCCCAUCGACGGGACGGUGGAAUCGAAAUCACCGCGGGACACGGAGGGCCAUGGAACCCACACGGCGUCCACCGCCGCCGGCUCGACGGUCGCCGGAGCAGGGCUCUUCGGAUACGCCGCCGGCGUGGCGAGAGGGAUGGCGACCAAGGCGAGGAUCGCCGUGUACAAGAUCUGCUGGUCGCUGGGCUGCUUCGACUCCGACAUACUCGCCGCCAUGGAUUCGGCGGUCUCCGACGGCGUCGACGUCAUCUCCCUCUCCGUGGGGGCCAACGGGUACGCCCCCAACUACUACCGCGACUCCAUCGCCAUUGGAGCUUUCGGAGCCGUUAGCCAUGGCGUGGUCGUCUCCUGCUCAGCGGGGAACUCCGGCCCGGGGGCCUUCACGGCGGUGAACAUCGCCCCGUGGAUCCUCACCGUGGGGGCCUCCUCCAUCGACCGGGACUUCCCCGCCGACGCCGUGCUCGGCGACGGGAGCAUUUACACGGGCGUCUCCCUCUACUCCGGCGAUGGCCUGGGGGAUGGCCAGCUCCCCCUCGUCUACGCCGGCGACUGCGGCAGCCGGCUGUGCAUCAGUGGCCGCCUCGACCCGGAGAAGGUGGCCGGGAAGAUCGUCCUCUGCGACCGGGGUUCUAACGCCCGGGUGGAGAAGGGCAGCGCCGUGAAGCUCGCCGGCGGCGCCGGCAUGAUCCUCGCCAACACCGACGACAGCGGCGAAGAGCUGGUGGCGGACGCCCACCUCGUUCCGGCCACCAUGGUGGGGAAGAAAGCCGGCAACCAGAUCCGCAACUACACGAUUACUUCACCGGCGAGCCCAACGGCGACCAUCCUCUUCCGAGGAACGGUGACGGGGCCCUCUCUGAGAGCUCCCAGCGUCGCCGCCUUCUCCUCCCGUGGCCCCAACAUUCGGACGCAGGAGAUCCUCAAACCAGACGUCAUCGCCCCCGGGGUGAACAUCCUCGCUUCCUGGACCGGCGCCGCCAGCCCCACCGACCUGGAGAUCGAUCCCCGGAGGGUUGACUUCAACAUCAUCUCUGGCACCUCCAUGUCGUGUCCCCACGUCAGCGGGCUGGCGGCGCUCCUACGGAAGGCCUACCCCAACUGGAGCCCCGCCGCCAUCAAAUCCGCCCUCAUGACCACCGCCUACAACGCCGACAACUCCGGCGGCGCCAUCCUCGACCUCGCGACGGGGGGGGAGUCAACGCCGUUCGUCCGCGGUGCCGGCCACGUGGACCCCAACAGAGCCCUCGAGCCUGGGCUCGUCUACGACAUCGACACCGCCGACUACGUCUCCUUCCUCUGCACCAUCGGCUACAGCCCUCUGCAGAUCGCCAUCUUCGUCAAGGACCUGAGCGUCGACUGCUCCGGGAAGAUAAUGGCCAGCCCCGGUGACCUAAACUACCCGUCCUUCUCCAUCGUCUUCGACUCGGUGAGCACGGUCGUCACCUACAGCAGGAAGGUGAGGAACGUCGGCGGGGAGACGGGGGAGGUGACCUAUGAGGCGGAGGUCUCGCCGCCGGCGGGCGUGGAGAUCAGCGUGAACCCUAGCAAGCUCGUGUUCAGCGGGAAUAACCAGACCAUCUCGUACACCGUUACCUUCUCCACCCAGCUCGAUCCCGCGAGGGCUUCCCCAUUGCGGGCGUUCGGAUCCCUCGCGUGGAAGGACGGGGUUCACGUCGUCAGGAGCCCCAUCGCCUUCCACUGGACCUCUGCGAAGCUGGACGCCUCCAUGUGA